CGUCAGAGUACCAGUCCUUCCGUGAAAUACUUAGUCUAGAGCAAUGACGUGGUUCCAGUGCAAUAUAGAUACAUAAACCUACAAUACUACUUCAAAUACUAGGUAGAGACAUGGCAAACGCACCCCACACCUACGGCAACGAAGUCUACACCGACGGCCUCCAAAACAUCAAAGCAGCCAUCAGCUUCAACCCGUACGACUGGGAAAUCCACGCCCGAGACCUCCUCUCCGCCAACAGCUACAGCUACAUCUGGGGCUCCGCCGGCCUCCGCGAAACAGACACCAACAACCGCGACGCUUUCCGCAAAUGGGCGCUCAUCCCCUCACGCCUCGUCAGUGCCGACUUCCCAUCCCUUAAAACCACAGUUCUGGGUCAGGAAUACGACUACCCCAUCGCCAUCGCGCCCAUCGGCGUGCAGCGCAUCUUCCACCGCGACGGGGAGCUCGCGGCCGCGAAGGCAGCGAGCGCACAGCAUGUGCCGUAUAUACUGAGCACGGCCUCGUCGACGAGCAUCGAGCAUGUGGCGGCGGCGAGCUGGAAUGGGGCGAGGUGGUACCAGCUUUACUGGCCGCUGCGCGAGCACGAUGAGAUUACGGUGAGUUUGCUUCAGAGGGCGAAGCGCGCGGGGUAUAGAGUGUUAGUCGUCACGCUCGACGCGUACAUGCUCGGCUGGAGGCCGUCGGAUCUAAAUAACGGGUAUAACCCGUUCUUGCGAGCGGACAAGAUCGGCGUCGAGCUGGGGUUCUCGGAUCCGGUGUUCCAAAGGCGGUUUCGGGAGAGGCACGGGGUGGAGGUCGAGGAGGAUAUGGGGGCUGCGGCGGGGGAGUGGGCGCAUAUGAUCUUCCCUGGGCGGAGUCAUUCGUGGGAGGAGAUUGGGUUCCUGCAGGGGCAUUGGGACGGGCCGAUUGUGCUGAAGGGGAUCCAAAGUGUGGUGGAUGCGCGGCGGGCGGUGGAGGUUGGGGUGCAGGGGAUUGUGAUUGUGGAUGCGGUGGGGGAGCAGAUGGAGGUGCUGUUUGAUUCGGGGGUCCGGGGUGGUGCGGAUGUCGCUAAAGCGCUGGCGCUCGGGGCGAAGAUGGUGCUGAUCGGCCGGCCGUAUGCGUAUGGACUGGCUAUUGCGGGUGAGGCGGGUGUCUCGCAUGUCCUGCGAAGUAUCCUUGCGGAUCUGGAUCUCACGCUGCACCUGGGGGGGAUCGAAUCGGUGUCUCCUCAGCAUCUCAAUCGGUCAAUCCUGCGCCGAGUGAGGUAGGAGCCACCAUGAUCAAGGAUUUCCUGGCAAGGGGGAGGUAUCUGUCUUGUUGCUGUUCACAGGUUUCGGGGAGACGCUGAAAAAGCUUAUAGUCAGGUGUUCAUUAUAUAGCUCGUAUAGACCAGGUGGGUGCUUCUGCUUUCAAUGCGCACGGCGAAAGCUAUUCGAACUGAUCAAGUCGACUCUCGAUCCACUCCAGGAGAUUCGUCCCAUCGUCCAGCAAGAUCGACUCCCCAUUCAACCAAUCCGCCGCUACCGCAUCAGCAGGUAAACUAGAGGGCAACGGCGACGGAUUGGCCGAUAAGGCCAGGUUGAGGAUGCGGCAAAGGAUAACGCGUGCACGCUGGCAGAUGUUGUAAUUUCCCUCAUGCGGUCGAACGA